AUGUCUGUCUCAGAGUUCCUACGGUUUUACAUAAGAAGACAGGGCCAGAAUUUGCUAACUGUACGAGAAAUGGAAGAGUUUGAGGAAGACUCUAUUGACCCUGAUGACUACGAUCCUGAAGAUGUGUACCCUUGUGAUGAUGAGUGUUCUAAAUUGGGCCAUGAUACAUUAAAUAGAUUGCUCAGGCUUCUACGGGAAGAAUUUACUAAUAAAAAGAGAUCAAUUAAGGAACCUAUUUUGAAUCCGUCUUCACUAUACUCCAAGGAUGCAAGUGGGCAAAAGAAAGCUAGCUCUUUACGAUUGAACCGAAAACGUUUGAAGUAUUUCUACCCCAGAUCCUUUUGCCAACAUAGGAAAAGCAACCAUGACCAUCUAUUUUCUCCCAACUUGCUAAGUUCAGAUUGGCCACAAAUUUAUGGCAUCUAUUUUGGAAUUCGAAAGAUAUAUCAAAGUCUUAGAUCUGAUUCGGAUCUUUGUCACAACUAUCUCACCACUUCUAUUAAGCAAGGCACCUUGUAUAAGAACGAAUGUUCAGAGAACGAUCCUCUUUUGACAAUUAAGUUUACGAGCUCACCAUUCCAAAAAAGAUUAUGCAGUGGUGUAAUUCUUCUCAGCAAGAACCACUCUGAAGCAAAUGGCAGUAUAUCAUUUGUUGGCGAAGCAAUAGACUUUGACCAAACCGCAUUUUUAUGGGAGUAUGACACCAAAAAGAGGAACUACUUGAGCGUCAGAAGAAACUGUAGCACAAGUGGCUCUAAACUAUUGAAAUCCAUUGAGGACGAAUUGAAGACAUUAUUCAGGGAGAACGUAGGAGCUAAGUCGUUGGCUGAUAUGAUUGACAGGGCUACAGUUCUAUUCACAAAGGCAAGUGGAGUUGGUGCAUCAGUAGACUGUAUGGCUAACAAAGAUACAUCCAGCACAUCUGAAACUUUUACCGGCUCAGAAACUGAAUCAGAAGAAGAAAGCCAGUUUAGGUAUAUAGACCCAGAUUUCCACGAUAACCCUCAAGGUUUGAAUCAUUUUCUUGCAUCUAAUAGGCAUCUGAAUACAACUCGACUAGAGCAGUUAAUUUUUUCAGUGAGGCACCCAAAUCAACACAUCGAUAUUUUUGAAACCACAACAGCAUUAGAAAAUUUAUACAAUCUACCACCAUUCAAUGCCCUUCCAUCAAUUGAGGAUGUUUACAAGUCUUUGCUUUGCCCUGAUUGUCGCCUCAAAUUGAAACGAGAGUAUAUCAUCAUGCACUGGAGGUUGCAAUGUGGUGCAGUAAGCAAAAAGCCUGUUAGCGCAUAUGCAGCUAUUGAUCGUCGUUCAGGCCAUAUUUAUCUAACCAUCCCUAGCUCCAUUUCCAGUAGGUUUUCAAGGUUUCGGAUGGACGAGCUAGAGUUUUGGUGCAUGAAUUCCCUGCUAACCUCUCGUAAUCUAAGGCUCCCAGCGCCGUUCUACGAUAUCCUUAAAAAGCAAGUGAAACGGUCUCCUACCGACAACCCUCUAAUAGCCCAGGCAGUCAACGAAAUUUCCAUAGUUGCACUUUUAGCUCAGCCGUGUCUUUUGGGAAACCUGUAUUUCAAGAUUCCUAUCACUGAUUCGUUUAAUGAUUCUCAGUGGACAUCUUGCUCUUCUACGAUUGACUCGAAUAGACACCAGGAGGCUAGAAAGCAUCGACUCGACGACAAAACAUCCGACUCGAAAUUUAGUUCCUCUACGAGACUAAAAUCAACGUUAAACAUUAGCGAGCAGGACUUGUUCAAUGAGCUUAGAGAUGUCUUCAACAAAGAUAAGACUGUAAAGUUUACGACUAGCACCGCACAGACACUUUAUUCCUAUAAACGGUAUUAA